CUAGUUUUUAGCGUCAUUUCUUUCCGAAAAGUAGUGCGCUUUUUUGAUAGAUUUCACUGCGGUUUAUAAAAUGGCUCUGGCAAAACCGAAAUCAGAACUAACCCCGGAGGAAUUGGCUCGCCAAGAGGAGGAAGAGUUCAACACCGGACCACUGUCCGUUCUCACGCAGUCGGUCAAAAACAACACUCAGGUCCUGAUAAACUGCCGCAACAACAAGAAACUGCUCGGACGAGUAAAAGCUUUCGAUCGUCACUGCAACAUGGUGCUGGAAAACGUCAAGGAAAUGUGGACGGAGAUCCCACGCACCGGCAAAGGGAAGAAAAAGGUGAAGCCGGUGAACAAGGAUAGAUUUAUCUCGAAGAUGUUCCUGCGGGGCGAUUCCGUCAUCCUGGUUCUGCGCAAUCCACAGGCAACGGCCGCCGGCAAGUGAUGCAUUUUGGAGGCAUAAUAAACUAGA